GCUAGUGCUGCUGCUGCCGUCUCCAGUGCUUCGCUUUCCCAGUAUCUGUGCCCAGGAAUGAGAAGCGAUGUCUGGCUUAACCAGCGAGGAAAAAUCUUGCCGCAGGUUCUUGGAGCUUUUCCUAGGGGAGUUCAGAGGACCCUUCGGGGAGGAGGACCCUAUCCCGCUGCGCCCAAUGUCUGAUCACAUCACCCCGGAGGAGGUAGAAGGGGAAAGCCUGGACCUGUGUCUACAGCAACUCUGCAAAUAUAAUUGUCCAUCUUUCUUGGCUUGUGCCGUGGCAAGGGCAACAGCAGACGAAAUAAUGCAGAGUGACCUGUCAGUUCACUACGUACCAAAGCAUGUGGAUGGCACUGAGGGAAUCAUACAGAUCGAGACAGUAAAACUGGCCCGUGCUGUCUUCAGUAAGAUGCAUGAGAUUUGCUGUAGUUGGGUGAAAGACUUCCCUCUUCUCCGUAAGCCUCACCUUUUUUAUGACACUUCCAUCCAUGCUAUCAAGAACAUGCGCCGCAAGAUGGAGGACAAGCAUGUCUGCAUUCCUGACUUCAACAUCCUCUUCAACCUGGAGGAUCAAGAAGAACAAGCGUACUUUGCUGUGUUUGAUGGACAUGGAGGAGUGGAUGCUGCUAUUUACGCCUCUAUCCAUUUGCACGUGAACUUGGUAAGGCAGGAGGUGUUCCCACAUGACCCAGCAGAGGCUCUGUGCAGAGCAUUUCGCAUCACAGAUGAAAGCUUUGUGCGAAAAGCAGCCAGGGAGAAUCUCCGCUGUGGAACAACUGGGGUAGUGACUUUUAUCCGUGGGAACAUGCUGCAUGUUGCUUGGCUGGGUGACUCACAGGUCAUGUUGGUACGGAGGGGCCAACCUGUGGAACUUAUGAAACCUCAUAAACCAGAUAGAGAGGAUGAGAAGCACCGUAUUGAGGCACUUGGAGGUUGUGUGGUUUGGUUUGGAGCAUGGAGAGUUAACGGAAGCCUGUCUGUCUCCAGAGCAAUCGGGGAUGCUGAGCACAAGCCAUAUAUUUGCGGUGAUGCUGACUCUACCUCCGUUGUCCUAGAUGGCUCUGAAGACUACCUCAUUCUGGCAUGUGAUGGCUUUUAUGAUACAAUGAACCCAGAUGAGGCAGUAAAAGUUGUGUCUGAUCACUUGAAAGAGAACAAUGGAGACAGCAGUAUGGUUGCCCACAAGUUAGUGGCAUCUGCCCGCGAUGCCGGAUCUAGUGACAACAUUACAGUCAUUGUAGUGUUUCUUAAGGACUUGAAUGCCACAGCCAAAUCUGAUGAGGACAACAACCGGACAGAAAACUCUUUUGAGGGUGGGCAGGAAGAUAACGGGGAUGACAAAGAAAACCAGGGAGACUGCAAAGGGUCAUGGCCCCUACACCAGUGCUCAGCCCCUGCUGAUCUUGGAGGGUAUGAUGGUCAAGACUCAUUCACAGACAGAACUAGCUUAAAUCUUGGACCUGAAGUGCAGGCUAUCGGUGAAAAAGACUACCUUACUCCUCUGCAUGGAAUAGGUGGUAAACCACGUAGUGCCAAAUGUUUGCCGUGUUCCAGAGCUAGCUCACCAAAGAGAGAAAAUGGAAGCAAGGAAUUUGUGAGGAAGGAGUCUGUUGAAAGCUUUGCAGCUUAUAGAGAGAAAGAUCAUAAUAAAAAUGCACCCACCAACAAAGGCUUAGGAUAUACUGAUGUGUUGAUGCCCAAAAAAGAGGUCUUAGUUUGCCCCUCUCUGGAGUUAAAUGAUAAAUAUAUUGAAGCUGCAGUGAAAGGCCCCUCUCAUUUAUCUCCUUCACACUUAAAGACGAGGAGAGAAGGGACUAGACUUAAACCAAAGUUUUUAAAUCUUCUCUCUACUAAAAAGCCUUCCCACAAAGCACGUUUUACCUUAUCGGUGCCAGUGAAAUGUGUUGGUAAACAUCGGCUAUCAAUACAUAAUCUUCUAACUUGUAGGAAAACUAGUCGUAAAGUUUAUUGGAUGAAUAGAGCAUUGUUAAAAGAGAGCAAUUGUAUAGCACUGGCAGAUCUACAUAGGAGAUAUAAAAUGUAAAAGGAUCCCUACCAACCCUUAUGUGUUCUAUAACUGUAGUGCUCCAGUGAAUUAGUUUAGAUUGACCCAAUCUUAAAUGGUGUUCUUUCCCUGUCUCAGUGUAUUAAUCUUGCCACGAGCAAUGCACAGCAUGGUAUUAUGCAUUUAAAUGUAUAAGUUCCCUUAAGAAUUUCUACAAAGAUAAUAACGUGACUCUGCUGGUGAUGGAAGUAACCAUGACUGUCAUGCUUGUAUCACAAUCCCUACACAUUGUCCUUUGUCUCUAGAGGCUAGUGACCGUAUCAGGACACGUAACACGACAGCUCAGAAAAGUGUAGGAUUAAAAGUUGUGACCGGCCUUCCUAUGCCUAUCUUAAGCAGUAUCAGUGGUGUAGGCCAUACCAAAUGCAUUUCAUGUUGCCACCAAGACCCUUCUGUAACUGAACCUCUGUUAUUUUGUUAUGGUAUUUGCCAGGGGCUCUUAUGCCAACCCUUGUUGCACUGUGUAUAUGGCCUAUAACUGUAAAAGCUACUGGUUUGAUUUCCUACAUUGUCUAUAGCAGUAGUUUUAGCCAUUAUCUGCUUAUUUACUCCUGAGGUGUAUAUAAAAUAGAUCAAGUAAAAUUGGUUUGACGCAGUGUCAUGAAAUAAUGUAUCAGAAUUGAAGGGGACAUUAAAGUCAUUUUUUUUCUUUUUUUGAAAAAAACAGAUGUUUUUUUUAUACUUUUGUAGCUCUUACUGUCCACCAAUAGAGAAGUGGGUUUUGUCCACUGAGCAAUCUGUCCCAUUGCAUACAUUGUGCACAAACAUGCACUUCCAGUUCAAAAUCUACCUAAACAUAUUUAACUUAAUAUAUUUCCAUAAAACCAAUUUAACUUGUUUAAAUAGCGCUCUUUCAUAUAAUUGAUAUACAUUUUUGAGUUUAAUGUCCCUUUAAAUUUUAGUUAAUUUAAAUUUAAAGUUUUUCUCUACCCCAAAAGUGUACUUUAGAGACAAAAAGUUACAUGUGAAUAGUUAUUUUCAUAGUAUUUGUCUCCAUUUAUAAUGGCAAUAAGGCACUGGUAGGGAAUAUGAAAAUGAUUUUUCUCUUUAGUAAAUACUGAUAAAAAAACACCUCUAGUGCAAAGAAAACUCAGGUAUGAAGAGUCAAAUUAUUAACUGCAUUAUAGAGAGAAUUUAUUUUUUAUAGACAUUCAUGAUCCAAGAUUCAUUUUCCCACUCUGAAAAUAUAUAUAUAAUGCAGGUCCAAGUUUAAAUACCUACGUCCUGUUCUGUAGCAAAUUGAUCUCCUACGUGCAUGCCAUUAAAAAUUAGACCACUAAAAACACUUAUAUUUUUAAUAUCAACAUGGAAUUCUAUUUUUUAAUAUCCACAUGUAAUAUACUGCAUUACAAAAGCAUGCCAUUUUCAUUGCAUUGUGGAUUUAUUAUUGUUCAGAUACUAAUUGCCUUAAUUCCAUGUAUCAUUUCCUCUAAUAUUUUAUCAUCUUCUAUUGAAAGAUUUAUUUGUCUGCAGAUAAGAGAUGUUUUGUUUGUGUUUGGCAAGAGAUAUGGUAUCUCGCUAAGACAAGAGGUUAUCUUUUUCUACAAUUAUUCUUAGAUUUAAUUUUAAGAUAGUUGAAAAUAAUCAAUAUAGGUUAUUGCAGUCUGCCUAGAUGAUAAGGAAUCAAUAGAAUUAAGAGAAAACGGUCACUAAAAUCAAGUUUAGAUUAUACUAAUGCUAUAUAUGAUUUUCUAACACACUCAUAGUAUUCUAAUGCUCUGCCAAGGACACUGGCUUAGCCAGUGAAUUAUUGGGUCUCACUUGAAGGAGAGAUACAGUAUAUGCAUAAGCCAUCAAUACUCAUGAAAGAUACAUAGAGGAUUUCAGAUUUUGCUUUUAAGUCAAAUUGUGCUUUGUCUAAGCAAAAGCUGUAAUGUAGGUUUUCAGAUUUCUAAACCAUUUGAUGCCAUUUUAAAACGAAUCCUACAUUUAACAUAUUUCAUGUAAAAUUAAGUCUUAAAGGGACAGUCUACUUUAAAUAAUAGUAACAUUUAAAUUACUACUUUACAUUCGCAAAAUAUAUGGAUCUAAACAUUUAAUAAAUUGGGGGUUAAAAUGAUUUCUUGUAAAAAAAAAAACAAAAAAAUAUUUUGAUUUGUUUAUAUAGCAAAAUAAAAAUGCUCUAAUAAAAUAGUGCAUGACAUUUUUACACUAGAAUAUAUUGUUUAUAACUGUGUCAGCUAGUUAUCACAUCAUCAUGCACAGAUGUUAAAAACACACAAUUGUAUGAAAGCAAAUCUACACAUAACAGUAUUCUACUUUAACAGAAAUACACCUCUUAAACACAGAAAUAGUACAAUAAGUAUUGAUUUCACAAAGGUAAGAAAAAGAAAAUGAAGUAUUACUAUGAUGUUGCAUCUACUUUGACCUGAACUGACCACUAUCAAACUAAGCACAAUAAAAUGUAAUAUCUCCAAAGGUUCAACCUUUAAAAUACUUAGUCACAAUACAGAAUCAUAAGAAACAAUACGUUUAUACAAUGUGCCAAAAAGGCACCCUGUCCAAAUGCAGUUAAUGUUACUAAAUUCCUAACAAUAAGCAUAAGUCCAAUUAUUUUAAAGGGAUAGGAAAGUCAAAAUUAACCUUGCAUGAUUCAGAGAGAGGAUGUCAUUUUAAGACGCUAUACAUUUACUUUGAUUAUCAAAUGUACUUUGUUCUCUUGGUACCCUCUGUGGAAAAUAAUUACAGGCAUAUCCACAGCAGCAGCAAUGCACUAUUGGAGCUAGCUGGUGAUUGGUAACUACACACAUAUGUCUCUUGUAAUUGGCUCAUCAAAUGUGCUAGGCUAGCUCCCAGUAGUGAAUGGUUGCUAUGGAGCUGACUAUGUGUUGAAUCCAUUUUCAAGAGUUAAACAUAAUUAGAGCAUUUUAUUAUUGCACUGUUUGCAUAUAACAGCAUUUUUGGGCACUUUUAUAUUCCCUUAAUUGUAGUGACAUCAACAUUGUUUUCUUCCCUAAUAAGUCAAAAAGUAAAAAUAUGCCCCUUGCCCUGACCUCUAUAGAUUCUUGUCAGCUGACCAAGCAUAAGUCAAUUUACAGAAAGAUUCUUUACAUUUGCCUGCAGAUAUAUUCUGUAAGGGUCUGGGGAGCAACAACCUGAGGUAACAUUUACUGUCCUUGUAGAUAAUAGGGCAAGAUAUAAAUAGUGAUCAGAAUGAACAUUCUUACUCACUGUCACUGCCAGAAAGGUAUUAAAAAGGCUACAGUAUGCAAUGCACAGUAAGUGCCAGUCUGUAUUUCACUUGUAUGAGGAAGCAGAUAAGGUAGUCUUAAAAAGCAAGGAAUGGUAUAUCUGUUUUCCUUUAAAGGAUCAUAAAACCCAUUUUUUUUUCUUUCAUGGCUCAGAUAGAUUAUACAAUUUUAAAAGACUUUCUAAUUUACGUCUAUUAUCACAUUUUCUUUGUUUUCUUGUGAUCCUUUGUUGAAAAGCAGGGAAGUAAGCUCAGGAGAGUGCAUGUAUCUGCAGCACUAUAUUGAAGCAGUUUUGGAACAAUGUUAUACAUUAGCAAGAUCACUAGAUGCCAGCACUAUUUCCUGUCAUGUAGAGCUUCAGAUGUAAUACAAUCAUACAAUAGUAAUAAAAAUAUUACUAUAAUAAC